GAAGUAGACAACAGAUGCUCGAUUCGUUUACCUGGGCGGGUCGUUCGUCAGAUCGCGAAAGCAUGUCAAGAAAAGUCAAGACGACCGCAUGCCGCCGGAAAUGAAAAAUAUUCGUCUUCAUUCCCAUGAAAUGUAGUUCUAGUUGAGGUUGAGGAAUGAUAAAUAAAAAAGGAAAACAGCAAUCGAUGUUGUAAAGAGAAAGUCAAUGAACAAACUACUAAUAUUGUUCCACGUGCUACACGCCAGUACAAUUACCAACUUCACAUGAGGAUGAGGACUCUGACAAGAACUCCCAUGUUGCUGCGCCGCAAGCUAGUCGCGCUGUCCUUUGGCGGCUUGUCGUGCAGCUUCCCAAGUUAUUUGUGCCGCAGUGUAGUUCAUCGUGGUCCACAAGAAGGUGAGCAGCGGGCAGAUGAAGUCCAUAGUAAUUACCAGGACUCUACCUAUUACUCCGAGGAGGCAGACGGAGAAGCGGAAGGCGACGACUACGUAGACAAUGCGUCAAAGUUGACGGCUGUGGUGGAUGCCUUUGGAGAGGUGGUUGCACAGGAGCAGGACGAGAAAAGUUUUGCUGACCACGACGACGACAUUGUGAAGACCGCUAGCGCAUUUACCGAAAAAACCGCGAGGACGGGCCAUUCCACGUCUGGAAACGUCGUGCACGGUGCGUCGCCUGCUUCAAAUGCCACUUCCACGACUAGCAGCAACCAGGCUACUUCUGCUGCAGCUGCACCUCCGCCGGCGCCAGAACAUCAACAAGAGGCGUUGAUGACAUCGAGUGGCGCACCGCGACCGCAAGAAAGUAGCGAACAAGGAAAAGAACAGGAUGGGCAGCAUGACCAGCAGAACGGGGUGACUGUGAGUCCGAGUCCGAAUGUAUGACAGUGCACAACUCGUCCCCCUCCCCCUCAUUUGUAUAGCAUGCAUGGCAAUACAAGUGCCAGCAAGAACAAUGCAGGUUUUGCAUGACAAAUUUGCGAAGGAGUGUAGUGCGAUUUGGGCUUCCAGAACUUGUCAUGCAAAACGUGCCAAGAGGCACAGGGUGGAUUGGGUAUUUUGCAUUACAAAUGAGGGGCAGGAGGGGGAAUUGUGCACUCUCAUAGAAUGAACGUGGCUGGGUCCAGCAGCUGCGUGAAGCCGCUCCCGCGGUCGUACACGAGCAAGUGUCGAACCGUGCCUCCGCUAAGUCGGCACAGCAACAACAACACGGGCAGGACCAGGAGAACGCGGACCACAAACAAUACGAGUACGUCACGCUCCCUCCGGACAACCACAUGCUGAACGAGGGCGCCUCGCGGCAGAUCCGCCGGCAGGAGGAACGCCGCGCGGCUGCUGCGCAAGAUGAUGAGCCUGCUUCUUCAUCUGGGACGGCUCCACUGGGCGACGAGAACUCAGGCAUGCACUUGUGGAAUCGGUACGCCAUGCCACUUGCCUCUGCGAUACGGAACUACAACACGACGGCGGGGGGCGCUGAUCCUUCUGCAGAUGUGGACACCAUCAACAUGGCGCGGCGGUCUGGACAGCACGGAGCGGAUCAAGCUCUGGACGAGGCCCGGUCCGUGGUAAACACCACCGAGCUGCGCGGACAGGGGCACCAGCUGCACGACGCCAUUUACGAUUCUUCCCUGGGACAGAGGCUGCUAGCGGUCGGCCACACCGUAGCGGGUCCGAACCGCCAGGAAUCCUCGUCCAGAGAGGGCUUUCAGAACGGCACCAGGUCCGCGCUUGACAUUUUCGUGGACCAAAUGAACUCGACCAAUUCCAGUGCAGCAAUGACCCGCGACCUGGUGGACAUGCUCGGCCUGGUAUGAGAGUGCACAACUCCCCCUCCCCACUAUCUGUAAAUGCAAAACCCCAAGUCCAGUUGCUGCCUUGAUGUGGCGCUGUUUGCAUUACAAAUUCUGAAGGCCCAAACAGUGGUGCUACACUCAGCCGCGUAUCAAUUUGUUAUGCGCAGCGUCCACAUGUAUUGGUGUUUGUAUUGCUGUUUAUGCAAUACAAAUGAGGGGGAGAGAUGAAAGUUGUGCACUCUCAUACCUCGGUCGCGACACUGCUAGCUCCUUGAACAAGUCCGAGAUGGAAAUGGUGGUCGGGCUAUGCAUUUCAAAAAUGUCUGGGUCUGGCAGAAUGCAACUUGUGAUGCGUCCCACAGAUCACAGAAAAAUUUGUCUUGCGAGGCUAGCACAAGAAGAUGCCCAUUAAGUAUAUUUGGCCAUGCUGGUGGAGUGUGUUAUGUGGUCCAAAUACCAAGAUGAGUUAAUCCAUUUAAAUGAAUUAUUUUUUUUUUGCAGCUGCAGAACCUGGAGGCGCGACUUGAUAUGCUCAGCGGUUGACAUCAUUGUUUGGGGUUGUGGUCCUUUGCUUCUGUUGGUGUUUUGCCCGGCCUGCACAAGCUCCCUCGCAGAUGAUGUGAUGGCUGCUGGAGCUGCAUGCUGACGCGACGGAGACUCGCGUUUUCUCCAGACGAAAACCAUCCCCGGAAAAACAGGGCCCCACGCACCGAGUAAAAUUUGGCCUGAUUCAAACCUGGCCCUUGAGUCGGAUUUAAUUUUGGCCCAGCAGGGGCGGAAUCAAUUCGAAUUAAAUCGAAAAAAAAAUCUCCCAGGAGGGGGAAUUAAAAAUAAUUAAUUUCCGGGUCCGGCCCCGCGGGCUGGGUCAGGAUUUCAUGUGUGAUUUCCCUGUCAAAUUUUUUGGGCGCGUUUUUUUUCGAUUAAUUCGUUUAAUUCGUUUUUUUCCGGGCGGGAAAAACGAAUUUUUUUCCCGCCCAGUGAGAUUUUUUUAUUUUUCCCCCCCCGUGGGCCCCGGGGUGAGGCCUGUGGUGGCGGAUUUAAUUCAGGCCCGAAUUAAUUCUGUUUGGGCCAUUGGCUUGCGGCUUUUCUCGCCGAGCCGCAUUCUUGUGUGAAAGCGUAAGAAGCGACCUCCCCUACUCGGCGCUCGCGCCCAGUAAAAAACUCAGCUGGAGAUCCGGCGCACAAGCAAAUGUAUGUCGGAGACGCGUCCGCUCGCUGACUACUUCUCGGCGAAUUGAUCCCGUCCAACAUAUCUGCUGAUCAUUGUUGUCGGCGCCACGCUGCGCCUUCUGUUUGCAAAUUUUCUUAUUCAUUCAAUUCAAAUAACUCAUCUUGGUAAUUUUUACCUCUUGAAGUGUGGUCUUUCUCAUGCGGGAUAUGCAUCGCAAAGCCCUUUCUUACGAAGUCUGUGAUGCUACGCCCUACAUGCCAGUUCUCGCGGGGCAUCCAAAAUCUGACAUGUCAAACUCCUGCACUCAUUUUCAGACUCAGACAGAUUUGCACUGGAUACGCUCUGAUGCGGCACCAAAUGCGGGACCCCUCCACGGUGUCCCUGUUUAAGAGUCUUCUAAAAGACCACAAGCGGGCGAAAAUGGUGAAAAUGUUUGCCAACUACUCGUUUGACGAAUGCGACCUGUUCCCCUCCAGCAUGAUGACCAAGGACCCGGUGGUCAACUGCGGCAAGUACGCGUUCUACAUCUGCAUGGCCCUGCUGCUGGUGUGUUUCGGCAUGUACGUGGUCACGCUGGGUUCCUGUCUGCUACCCGUGAGCGUAUCAAAUGCAAAUAUGUCAUCUGGGUCUGGACGAAGCAAGGGUGCAAGGUUUGUCAUGCACGUUUUGCAUGACCACUCCUGAGGUCUGGGAUGCAUGCCCUAGCAUCACAGAUUUUGCGAGGGCUUCCUGAUGCCUUAGCUGCAUUAGAAAUGCCCUCUCGCCGUGGCGAAAACUGGACCUCUUUUGCUGUUCAUGCAGUACAGAUUUAUAUGUAGAAUCCAAAUCCAGCAUCACAAGUCGCAUCCUUCCAGACCUCCAGGGAUAUUUGCAAUGCAUAGAGCGAGAGUCGCGGCAAGGAUCUGUACAAGGGCACGCGCACAUAUGACAGUGCAUAACUCCCCCUCCCCCUCAUGAAGAUCUGUAUCUAUGUAUAGCAUGAACAGCAAUACAAGCAUCAGCAAGAAUGCCGGUUUUGCAUGACAAAUUUACACCGAAGUGCACUAGUGCUAUUGGGGCUACCAGAACUUGUCAUGCAAACAGUGCCAAGAGGCACAGCCUGGAUUUGGGAUUUUGCAUGACAAAUGAGCGGGAGGGGAAGAUGUUGUGCACUCUCAUAGCACCAAGUGGGCCUUUUGGACGGACUUUGUCACGGAGGAAGGUCGCGCGCGGCUUAUCAACUGCAAAUGUGUCUGGGUCUGGAUGAUUUCGGGAUUUGUCAUGCUAGUCUGGUACGACUCUGAGCUCUGUGUUGCGUGGCCGCAAAGAGCACCUCUCGCCUGUCAUGCAAAAACGCAAUUUCCAAUGCGGAAUACGCAACGCAUACGCAGAACAACGGAAAAACUUGCCAUGCUUCGCAGUGCAUUACAGUGUGCGCAUGGUUUGCUGACUUGCAUCACAAGUUUCGAGACCCAGACAUAUUUGCAUUUGAUACGGCUGCGGUCGGAGCAAGAGGAGGCGGAAAAGGAAACGGAAGCCACUAUCCUAUGUAAAAACGUCGCCACGACCCCAGAGUCAAGAUGGGGAUCUCGCAACACAAGACGAGAAGUGUUGGGAGUCAAGCAUGACAAGUUCGUCUCUGUAUUGUAAGUGCAGUUUAGCAAGUACAGCCGCAACACAAAUCGAUCUAGUCAUGGUGUUUACAGCAUUACAAAUUUCCAAACACGACUGGAUAUGCCUGCCAUGGAGAUGCGCAUUACAAAUCUUUCUGUAAUCGCAUAUCUGCAUGACAACUCCGGGACGGGGACGUUUUUACUCAGGAUAGCCACGCCGCCAUCCUGGAUCGCCUUGGAAAACGUGUCCUUCCGGGUGCAAGCGCCGCCCGACGCGUCUGGGCGGCCGCGGGAGCUGGAUCUUCUGUCCGACAUCAACUGCGUGUUCCGGUCGGGCGAGGUUGCCGCCAUCCUGGGCUCCUCCGGGUGCGGCAAGACCACACUGCUGAAUGCGCUGUCGGGCCGCGUGCAGUGGAAGCAGGCGGGUGGCGAGAGCGGGAGGCUCGGUCUGAGCGGCCGCAUCCUCUUGAACGGGGAGCCCACCAGCGACCUGGAGUUGCAGCGGAUUGCCGGGUACGUGUUACGCAUUGCAAAAGUAAUAUCGUACAUGAAUUGCAUGACGAAUUUGGCCAAGAACAAAAGCACAGUUACAGUUAAUUGUCAUGCUAGAUCAGGUACAAAAGUGGAUCUGUCAUGCAUGACUCGCAUCAGUACGGGUGCGAUAGUACUUUCACUGUGGAUACGUGUACCAGGACGACCAAUUGAUCGCCACUGAGACGGUAUCCAAGAAAAAAACUGUGUAAGUGUAACUCUGUAAUGCAGAACAUGCAAGAGAAUUACGCCUGUCAUGCCAGGCAACCAUGAAGUCCUCUUUCCAUCCAUGUGUGUUUUCCCUUACAAGCCAUGCAUGACAAGUUUUCUCUAUCAUGCAGGGCAAAUUUGUCAUGCUGUCACUCCAAGACACCUACACUCACACAGUUUUUUUCGUGGAUAGACGGUGUUCGAAUGUGUGGAUUUCGCGGCCGCCAUGCGGCUGCCGCACCUGAACGUGGAGGCACGGGUGAAAAAGGUGCACGACGUGCUCCGCGAACUCCGGUAUCACAGGAAAAAGUGUUAACGUUACGGUUAACGGAAUUUGGCAUGCAGGAAUGCACGAGAAAUGAUUCCUAAACUUGUAUUGCAUAGCAUGUAUGAUAGCGAAAAUUUGUCAUGCAUGACUGCAAUGCCCCAAAACCGUUAACGUUAGCACUUUUUUGUUUGAUAUCCGGCUGGACGUGUGCAAGGACGUGAUUAUUGGGGACGGGAUGGGCAAGAAGGGCAUCAGCGGAGGGCAGAAGCGUAUCGAAAGAAAAAACUGUUUCACUGUAAAGUUGUAAUGCACAAAAUGCGUCUUACAACUGAAACUGUUUGUCUUGCUGCGCAUGCAAGAGAGUGGAUUUUUGGCUGUGUUUUUCAUUAGGAUGAACCUUGCAUAGCAAAUUUUCUCCGUCAUGUAGAGCAAACCUGUGAUGCAAAACCUGCAAAAGCCUUACAGUGAAACACUUUUUUCGCAUGAUAAAGCGCCGCACGUCCGCGGCGCUGGAAAUCAUCGGGCAGCCACUCAUCCUUCUCAUGGACGAGCCCACCUCCGUACCAACCGAAAAAAUCCACCACAGCCAAGAUUUCAAAAUUUUUCUUUUCCGAUUGGGCUGGCAGCUGCGGGUGCUCGAGCUGGAGCACUCUUGGUCUCCUGCGUGUCCCCUGGCCGGAGCGAGGAUUGCGGGGGACUGGACCUGCAGACGACCUCCCCAAUCAACGCUGCGCUGCCGAAAUAAUGGCGGCCUGUCAAAUUUAAGAAACUUACCACGGUCAAAAAGCGCGGGAAGUGCGAGGGGCCUGUAGCCCUUCCGAUUAGGGCGAUAGAAGGGUGCCAGACAGAAAAACGAUGCGGCCCCCAGAGGCUGCCAGGUGCGGUUUUCCCGCCUUCGGCCUUACGGGCCAGCAGCUUCCCCAAAAAUCCGCCACACCAGACAAGUGCACACCUUCAGGGGGUGUCCGGUGCUGCUGUGGCGGAUUUUUGGGGAACCCUUCCGCCGAUGCUAUGGCCUUCCCCCAAAAAUCCGCCACAGCAGCACAGAGCACCCCGUUGGAGCACCCCGUUGGGGCACCACCUCAAACGGGUUGCCCAAAAAAUCUGGCCGAAGGUUUCCCCGAACCGGCCAGGAACCUCUUGAGGCAGUGCAUUAGAGUAGAAGAAGAAAAAACCGCUUCCCUAGCCCUUUCGUCGCAUCCUUGUCCAGACACUCCCGCAUCAUGUCGCCCAUGAAGGGCAAUGCGUCCUUUUUCCCCUGCAAGACAACGCGCCGAAGAGCAACGCGGAGACGCGCAUUCCAGAGAACCCGCUGCCCGCGCCCUACCGCUGCCUGCCGUCUGCUGAUGUAUGUCAUUUCCAACGCGACGAGCCGUCGACGUCGGGCCUGCACGUCGACCCGCUCAUGAAAAAUUUUGAAAUUUUGGCUGUGGUGGAUUUUUUCGUUUGGUACUCCGGGCUGGACUCCUAUCAAAUGCAAAUAAUACGUCUGGGUCUGAGAGCAGUCAAAGUUGUGAUGCAAAUCUGUGAAUUGGAAUGGUAGGCGCACUGCAGCAAUGCGCAGCCAAGCAUGUUGACAAGUUCGUGAGGUGGUGCAAUGUGUAGUUUCGUUUUCCGCAUGGCAAGCUGCGUUUUUGCAUGACAGGCAAGGGGGUCUGUUCCGGCUUAUGCAGUACAAAUGUAAGAGUCCUCACGCGCCUGCCAGACAAGCAUGACAAACUUGCACUCAACAUCUUCCAGACCCGGACAGCACAUUUGCGAUGCAUAAUUGCUUCACCGCCACGAUUUUCAUCCGAGAGAUGCGCAACCUCGCGAAGGCGAUCAAUGUGAUGAUCAUUUGCACGAUCCACCAACCCGGAACGGACUGCUUCGACGAGUUCGACCGGGCUUUAUGAACAGCAAAUAUGCCUGGGUCUGGGAGAUUGCGAGAUUUGUCAUGCUAGUCUGGCAUGUUUCUCAUGCGGAGUACGCAACUCUGAACCACCGAAAACUUGUCAUGCUGGGGAGCGCAUAAUAGUGUGCUCACUAUUCCCUUCCUUGCAUCACAAAUUUCCAGGCCCAGACAUAUUUGCAAUGCAUAGGCUUUGAUCAUGUGCAAGGGCAAGCUGGUGUUCCACGGCAAGGGGGAAUACUACGGGAAGCGUCUUCGCGGACAGGGACACGACAUCACCGAAAAGAGCACCGUAUGAAUUGCAAAAGUAUCGUACUCGUCUAAAACUAAAUGCAUUACAAGUUUCUUCAGCAUGAGAAAUAAGAAUUUGUAAUGCGGAUUUGCCUAAAGAGAAAGAUCUGUAAUGCAAGACUUGCAUUUAUACGAAUGCGAUACCUUUGCACAGGAUACACCGUGCUCAGCCGCGUGGUCCUCCGCGAUUCGGCCGCCGCUUCGCAACAGCAGCAGCAGCAGCUACUCCAGCUCAACCCGCUACGGGACUCAGAGAGCUACGAUUUGGACGUGACCAGUCUGACCAGUGAGGAAGAAGAGCAGCUAAGUAUUGGCGACUACGCACGGUUUCACGAGCGUUAUGAAUUGCAAAAUCAUCGUACUCGGACUAAUUGCAGCUAUGCAUGACAAAUCCAGUUCUUGUGAAGGUAAAUUCGAAUUACAAAUUAAAUUUGUGAUGCUGAGACAAUUUGUAUUGCAAUUGUUCAUACUAGUACAGCGAUACUUUUGCAAAGCAUAAGUGCCGAGUCUCCGCAAUGUCGGCGACUUCCGCGACAGCCUCUCCUGCUGCACUGGCGAAUGUGGAAGAGGACGCUAGUCCUACAAGCAGUGGCCAGCAGCAGCUGCCAAAGGAGGAGCCGCUCAAGUGGACCUUGCGCGAGAACAUAUUGAAGGUGGCGGAGGUUGCGCUCGGACCCGGGGAAAACAUGUCCGAGCGUGCCUUGUUUAUCACGCAGACGAUUGCGGAGGACAAGGAGAACGGGAUGGCCGAGCUGACCCGCCUGGCAAACAUGACCUACGAAAACGGCUACGACCCGGAGGCUUUGGAGCGCAUGGUAGAGACUGCGAAACGCCAAACCGAUAUCACACGAAAAAAGUGUUACAGUUACACAUUUGUAGUGAAUUGUUCAGCAACACAAAUUUCUCUGCAUGAGAGAGAAAACUUGACGAAAUCUAGAAAUCCUACGGGAAAACACCUAUGAAACGAGGCCCCUAUGCAUAUCCGGCAUGACAGAGCUUGUCUGUUUUGCUUGGCCUGCAUAGACUAUGUGUGUAACUGUAACACUUUUUUCUUCCGAUAUCCGACGCCAACAUGUUCGAGUCCGACGAGGGUGAAGAGGGGGGAGAUGAAAACACCAGCGGGGGCAAGAGCAGCGGCGUCUUUCGUGACAGGUGGUCGAAAGGCAGUGUCUUCACUCGCGAGAGAAGGAGGGCGUGGAUGAAGCAGAUGUUUGCCCGCACGGAGCACGUGCGACAGAUUGCGCCCAAUCGCCGCACCGCCUGGCACGUGCUGGGGCUCUUCAAGCGGGAGAUGCGCAUUCGGCUCGUGAGCGGCUGGAGGACGGAGGUCGUCACCUACAUCGCCGUGCUCAUCAUGGACUUCAUGCUCGCUAUGCUCAUCCCCCCGUACUAUCACACCAAGACCGGCGAAGGCGUGCUACGGGAACAUGCCUCCGGAGUGUCCGUGAUGGCGAACUGGUUUGGGAUGAUGAUCGGCAUGCGCACGGUGACCUCCAUAUGCACUACAAAUUUCCUGUACAGGUACAACAUGCAUCACAAACGUCACGACCAACUUGGAGCAUGCCACUUGUCAUGCUGAAGAGAAUUAAAAAGAAAGCUUUGUCAUGCAGAAACCGCAUUUGUACAUGUACAGGAAAUUUACUGUGGAUACUCCAUGGUCUUCAUGUAUCCACCUCUGUGGAUCUGGUGCAUGACGGAAAUGGUUUUCUACGUGAAGAUCAACCCGGUAUUCCAGCGCGAGUACAUAUGACAAUGCAAAACUCGUCCCCCUCCCCUCAUGAUUUGUAAUGCAAAAUCCCAAACCCAAUUGGUGCCGUGUGGCACGGUUUGCAUGACAAAUUCAACUUCCGGAAUCCUAAACUACGGUAUGAACUUGUCAUGCACACCAGGCUCCACGUGAUGUGCUGCUGUUUCUACUGCUGUUCAUGCCAUGAAAAUGAGGGAGCGGGGGACGAGUUGUGCACUGUCAUAGUACAGCGGCCACACCUACCAGUCCAUCGCCUACAGCUUCUCGAAAUUCUGCAUGGAGGCGAUGUUGUUCGUGCCCCGGGUCAUUUUCCAGGUGUGCGUGGGGUACCUACUGCAGGGCUACUACGGUAAUCUGCCCUACCUGGGCGCCAUCAUGUACCUGCUGUUGCUGCAGGUCUGCUCCCAAUUCUACUUCGUCGUGGCCCUGGUCAGCAGCAACGCGCUGCUGGGAUUCGCGGCCGCCGCGGCCCUGCUGAUCACGCAAAUCAUGAUGAGCGGCACCGUGCCGAUGCCCAUUCCCUGGUUCUACCGGCCUUUUCAGUGGAGUUUAUGGAGAGAAGAAAACUGUGUUGGUGUAGCUGUAGGUCGUCUCUUGGAAUGAGAGCAUGACAAAUUUGCGCCGCAUGAAAGCGCGCGAGCCUGUCAUGCGCAGCUAGUACGACGUGAGAACGCAUUGAUAUACAGUAGGGCUUCGUCGUGGCUGGUUAGCACGACAAGUGUGCACUGUGCUGCAGGCUUUGCAUUACAACUUACACAGUUUUUUCUUGCAUAGAGUUCCGGAUACUUCUACUGCUUCACUGCGGUGUACCGCGACCAGCUGCGCGGUAUCCUGUGCAAAAGUGCCGUACUCGUAGUAAUUGCAAUCAUGCAUCACAAAUCUCUUUCUGAAGGCAAACCUGCAUAUACAAAUUUAAUUUCUCAUGCUGAGAAAAUUUGUCAUGCGUCUUAUUCUUAUACUAGUACGAUGCGUUUGCAAUGCAUACGCGGCCUGCGCGAGCGCGUCCACGACUUCUCCAACUCGACGUGCACGAUUACCAUAUCCAGUGCAAAAGUACUAACUUAUCGUACUCGUACUAAAAUGCUAUUCACGCAUGACAAAUUCCACCUUUCUACGUGAAUCCGCAUGACGAGUUCCCCUUUUCCCUUGACAAAAUUUGUCAUGCGAUUCAUACAUUUACGAUGCUUUAUUUACUUUUGCAAUGCAUACACUACCUCCACUACUGAAAGUCCCUAUGUCGUGGAUGACGAGGACUACGAUGUGGAGAAGGACGGGCAAGAAAGGCUCCAGGGCGGGCUGAAUGAGAGUAUGAAGGACAUCGACUCCGUUCCGCGCCUACAACAUGAUGCAGGCAGCGGAGGCUCACUUCCACUUGUUGACCCAAGCAACCGAACCGACCUCGUCCAGGAGGCGCAGCGGGGGGAACAGGGAGCCGCUCCAGGGGAAACAAGAGUUCCUGCUCUGCCAGCACAACAAGCAGUUGCUACCCCUGGUGCAGACAGCACGGCGGCAACUACACAACAACCACAAGGCGACUUUUCUACUUUCCACGCCUCGACGCUGGCCAAUGGCGUCCAGCAGGCUUUCGCUGGUGCUGCGCCCUUUGCGAAGCCCGGUGCCUCGUCCUGGUCGCCCGACCACCAAGUGCCCUCCGUGUUCGGCGGAGGAAGUCCUGGUGCACCAGCUCCUGCCGCGUUCCAGCCCGGUGCAGCUGCUCCGGGAGAUGUUGGUGGUCCGGCUGGUGGUAGUUCCUCUUCACCGGCGGCCCCCUCCAAUACGCCCCACACCUGGGACUUUACCGCUGUCCCAACCAUCUCCGGGGCGACGGGUAGUAGUAGUAGUACCUCCUCGUGGAGCAGUUUUCUUCUGUCGUCGAAUGCCAGCGUAUCUGAAGAAGAUGUUGGCCAGGAGGCUACUAGCGAGACAUCACCCUCGCUGAGCAGCUUGGACGCAAGUACGGCGGCCAACAUGACGACCGCCGGGGGUGUAUGGAUUGUAAAAAUGUCUGGGUCUGGAAGAAUGGAAGGUCUGUCAUGCUCUGCCAGCAUGACCCCAAAGUCUGUCAUGCACGUUACCCAAGAGCCCCGUUUUUUUCUCAUGCAGAAACGCAGUUUGUCAUGCAGAAUAGGCAACACCUCGAAGCUCAGAAACUUGUCAUGCUGAGCCAGCACUUGUGGCCGCCUCAUGAUACGCCAACCAGCAUCACAAGUUUCCAGACCCAGACAUUUUUACAUUUCAUAGGGUGCACUGGAUAACUACACGGACGCGAAUGCGACCAGCAACUACACAAACCACGCCUGGUAUGCAAGAAAAUAAUUGUGUUUAUAGUGUCAGAACUUUCUUUGGGUGACAGCAUGAAAAAGAUAAAUUUGCUAUGCAUGGAUGACAGAAAAAGUCUGUCAUGCAUGGCUGGGACGUCAAAAGAAAACGCAUACGAAAAGAAACUUCAUGGCUGUCUGGCAUGACAAGUGUUACUCUACUGUUGCUGUUUCUGCAUCACAGAUUUACACUUACGCAGUUUUUUUCUUGCAUACCUGGGCCGAAGCGAAGAUCAAGGAUCUCUUCUGGAACGAUCCGGAUACCGCCAAGUGCUCUCUGCAGGUGCAUUAUGCAAUACAAAUUUCCCGUACCACACAUAUUCCUACACGCACAAAAUGGACCACAAAUUUAUUUGCCGACUUAGAAAUAAGUGCAGCUGACAUCUGUCAUGCUAAGUAGUACAUGGAAAGCAAGGCUUGUCAUGCAGAAACCUCAUUUGUUCGCAACUUUGUGUGGGGGAAACUUGCUGUGGAUACGUAGUCUUCCGUGGGUGAAGUGACCGAGGAAUUGGAGGCGCUGAUCAUGGCGGAGGCUCCGGGCGGCACGCUGGAAACGGUCGGCUUCAACGAAGUGUGCGGGCUCGCGUUGUCGUUGCUCGUGUGGCGCGGGUUGGCGUGGUACUUCAUCCACAAGAUGGGCAAGUACUCCGUGUCCUCGUAAAUAACAAAAAAUGUUGUGAUCGAAGAUGAAGUUACUUACAUCAGGACGGGGCGCCUCAGAACCCGAGCAAAAUAAAUCUUCAGUGGCCUAGUAGAGAUGGGCUCACGAAAAUUAGAAUGCAAUAUGGUGGGCGUGGGUGUUUGUUUACAUCGCCGAUGAUAAUUAAUAAAUAUCUUCAAUAAAAAAACCUAAGUUGAUUGUGGUCGUGAACGCACUGAAGCUGCAGUCGUGGCCGCAACCAGUCGACGUUACCACUAUGUUUCAAUUUCAAUCAACAGGGAUUCAGUCACACUUGAAAAGAUACGUUUGCAAUUCAAUUUCGAAGAAUACAACUAAAAAUCUAGCUGGCACUGUUGAGCAGAAUGAAAAAUGUCCUCUUCGUUUCGAAGCGAAGAAAUAGCAAUAGGAAAAGAAAAUUAUAUCGUCGAAAGCAGAAUGGAUAAUAAUAAUUUCCACCGAGAAUAGAUUUUUUUUGUGGUUUACAGUUCACAUGUUGAAAAUUAAGUUUUGUUGUUCACUUGUUAGUUUACACGACAGGCAAGUUGAAAUUCUCAAUAUAAAACCUCUUUCGCAGCAGAGAUGCAAUCAACGCGCAAGUUUCAGUUUGAAAUUGAAUUUUAGCAGAUCAGCACCUUCUUGACAGGGUCCGUUCCUCGGACCACAGUAUUCUUUCUAUUUGUUUCGAAUGUUUACAGUUACAGAUGCAGAGACGCCGGGUUGAAAGAACUCGGACGCUAUUAUUCCUACCUAUCGCCACCUUAUCGUUAUCCUAAAGAGUUUGAUUGUUGUAAUUACCGUUGAGUAAAUUAAUAUGAUUAUGAACAAAAUUGCAGGACGGCCUUGCACCAAAACAAAGUGGAAGCAAAACCAAAAUAAUGUAAAAAGAAAUUAUGAUACUCUGCACCUGCUAUAGCAACUACAUCCUUCUAUGUUCGUAGCCCGAAAAAUUUAUUUCAAAGUACUCGCACCACAGGAACAGAAACUAUCUACGCAUCGCACCAAUCUAUCAAUCGCAGAAAUAAAAUCGCACUCCUGCGCCGUGCCACCCGAUUUUUGCGAUGAUGUGAGUAGUUUCUCUAUGCUCUGUGCUAUCGAUCGUUUCUAUCGAAAAAAUGAACAAGAAAAUCUGAAGCAGUGGCUCAAUUGAAAUUAAAGAAAAAACCGAGAAAAACAAACAAAGUAGAGGUAGUGUCAGCGAAGGGGAAGCAGCAGAAGCGUAGGGUCGCUGAUAUUCUUCUAGAAAAUGACCCUAAUUUCAGAGGCAACUACGACAGGCCGCACGAAGACUAAGGGUAUCAGCUGUAUAAGUAUCCACCACAAAAGAAUGAAAAGUUGUCAGAUAAUACGUAACGUCGUUGACGCCAUCCCUGCCUUUGCGUCCCUCACUAGUACCGUUUUGACCUAGUAGGAGUUGACUUCUCGCGGAGAAGAGCUAGGCAAGCGCGAUAAAGCUAGCGCUGGGACGAAGACCUCUGUUUGCAACCGUUUCACUCUCCAAUUCC